GAGCGGCGGGGCGGGGUGGAGAGGGAAGGGUUGGUGGGCCGCGUUGGCCAAGCAGGGUGGCUCUCCCAGGGACCCGGGGAGUCUGGCUUUUCGCCCAAGGCCGGUGCCGAGGGCUCCGCCGCCCUCUGACUGGGGUGUGGUUGCAGGGCCGCCCCUAUGUUGCGUUUUCCGACCUGUUUCCCAUCCUUCCGGGUGGUGGGAGAGAAGCAGCUGCCCCAGGAGAUAAUUUUCCUGGUCUGGUCGCCUAAGCGGGAUCUCAUUGCUUUGGCCAACACCGCGGGCGAGGUUUUACUUCAUCGACUUGCAAGUUUUCAUCGAGUUUGGAGUUUUCCACCAAAUGAAAAUACAGGAAAGGAAGUAACCUGUCUGGCUUGGAGACCAGAUGGCAAACUUUUGGCCUUUGCUCUUGCUGACACCAAGAAAAUUAUUUUGUGUGAUGUAGAAAAGCCUGAAAGCUUGCAUUCUUUUUCUGUGGAGGCUCCGGUUUCUUGUAUGCAUUGGAUGGAAGUGACUGUAGAAAGCAGUGUAUUAACAUCUUUUUAUAAUGCUGAGGAUGAAUCAAAUCUUCUCUUACCUAAGCUGCCCACCUUGCCAAAAAAUUAUAGCAGCACCUCAAAAAUAUUUAGUGAAGAAAAUUCUGAUGAAAUUAUAAAGCUCUUGGGAGAUGUCAGGCUGAAUAUUCUUGUCCUUGGAGGAAGCUCUGGAUUUAUUGAGCUCUAUGCUUAUGGAAUGUUCAAAAUUGCUCGAGUCACAGGGAUUGCUGGUACUUGUCUUGCAUUAUGUUUAUCAAGUGAUUUGAAGUCGCUAUCGGUGGUCACAGAGGUUUCUACCAGCGGUGCUUCAGAAGUUUCAUACUUUCAGCUUGAAACCAAUCUCUUGUACUCCUUCUUACCUGAAGUAACUCGAAUGGCCAGAAAGUUUACUCACAUUUCAGCUCUUUUACAGUAUAUAAAUUUGUCACUAACAUGUAUGUGUGAAGCAUGGGAAGAAAUACUGAUGCAGAUGGAUUCUCGUCUCACUAAGUUUGUACAGGAAAAAAACACUACCACAUCUGUGCAGGAUGAAUUCAUGCAUUUGUUGUUGUGGGGGAAAGCAAGUGCUGAACUUCAGACCCUCUUGAUGAACCAGUUAACAGUAAAGGGCUUAAAAAAGCUUGGCCAGUCUAUAGAGUCAUCAUAUUCCAGUAUACAAAAAUUGGUUAUAAGUCACUUACAGAGUGGCUCAGAGUCCUUAUUGUACCAUUUGAGUGAAUUGAAAGGAAUGGCUUCAUGGAAGCAAAAAUAUGAGCCUCUUGGACUAGAUGCUACAGGAAUUGAAGAUGCUAUUACUGCUGUGGGUUCUUUCAUACUCAAGGCAAAUGAACUUCUUCAAGUUAUAGAUAGCAGUAUGAAAAACUUCAAAGCAUUUUUUCGGUGGCUCUAUGUAGCAAUGUUGAGAAUGACAGAAGACCAUGUGCUUCCUGAGCUGAAUAAGAUGACUCAAAAAGAUAUCACGUUUGUUGCUGAAUUUCUUACUGAACAUUUUAAUGAGGCUCCAGACCUUUAUAAUCGAAAAGGAAAAUAUUUCAAUGUUGAAAAAGUUGGUCAGUAUUUGAAAGAUGAAGAUGAUGAUCUUGUGUCACCCCCUAACACGGAAGGAAACCAGUGGUAUGACUUUCUCCAGAACAGCAGCCAUCUUAAAGAAAGUCCUUUGCUGUUUCCUUAUUAUCCUCGAAAAUCGUUGCAUUUCGUGAAAAGGCGGAUGGAGAACAUUAUUGAUCAGUGUUUGCAAAAGCCAGCAGAUGUAAUUGGAAAAUCAAUGAAUCAAGCAAUCUGCAUUCCCUUAUACAGAGAUGCAAGAAGUGAGGACUCUACACGUAGAUUGUUGAAAUUUCCUUUUCUGUGGAAUAAUAAAACUUCAAAUCUACAUUAUCUUCUUUUUACUAUUUUAGAAGAUUCACUUUAUAAAAUGUGCAUUUUAAGGAGACAUACUGAUAUUUCUCAAUCUGUAAGUAAUGGACUAAUUGGUAUUAAAUUUGGGAGCUUCACAUAUGCCACAACUGAGAAAGUCAGGAGGAGCACCUACAGUUGUUUAGAUGCACAGUUCUAUGAUGAUGAAACUGUAACGGUGGUUCUUAAAGACACUAUAGGACGUGAAGGAAGAGACAGGCUCUUGGUCCAGUUGCCAUUGUCUUUAGUAUACAACAGUGAAGAUUCUGCAGAAUAUCAGUUCACUGGGACGUACUCUACAAGGCUAGAUGAACAAUGUAGUGUCAUUCCCACACGUACCAUGCAUUUCGAGAAGCACUGGAGGUUACUGGAAAGUAUGAAAGCACAGUAUGUUGCUGGGAAUGGUUUUCGAAAAGUGUCCUGUGUGUUAAGUUCAAACCUCCGUCACGUGAGAGUUUUUGAAAUGGACAUUGAUGACGAAUGGGAGCUGGACGAGUCUUCGGAUGAGGAGGAGGAGGCCGGCAGUGAGCCCGUGAAGAUCAAGGAGGAGACGCUGUCCGAACCGGAGGUGGGGACCCAGAACACGGCCGCUUCUGCUCUGGCCCCCGAGAUCGUCAUCAAAGUGGAAAAACUUGACCCUGAGCUGGAUUCGUGAUCCAGCUUGCCAGUGGUGAUCUGGAGCAGUUUCACAAGACAUGGACUGAGAUGUCUUGGACCAUUUUUCUUUGUGUAACAAAGAAAUAAACAGUAAAUUUAAUUUCUUUGA